CUCCGCGGCUGUGUGGAGCGAGGCCUUGUUCCCGGGUUGAGCUGCCGCCUCCUCCUCAGCUUCAGCCUCCGCGCCAGGCCCGGCCCCGCCGCGCCAUGUCGGACUACAGCACGGGAGGACCCCCGCCCGGGCCGCCGCCGCCCGCCGGCGGGGGCGGGGGAGCCGGGGGCGCCGGGGGAGGCCCUCCGCCGGGCCCGCCAGGCGCGGGGGACCGGGGCGGCGGCGGCCCCGGCGGCGGCGGCCCGGGCGGGGGGUCGGCUGGGGGCCCCUCUCAGCCGCCGGGAGGAGGCGGCCCAGGAAUCCGCAAGGAGGCGUUCGCCGACGCGGUGCAGCGGGCCCGCCAGAUCGCAGCCAAAAUUGGAGGCGAUGCUGCCACGACAGUGAAUAACGGCACUCCUGAUUUUGGUUUUGGGGGCCAAAAGAGACAGUUGGAAGAUGGAGAUCAACCGGAGAGCAAGAAGCUGGCUUCCCAGGGAGACUCAAUCAGUUCUCAACUUGGACCCAUCCAUCCUCCCCCAAGGACUUCAAUGACAGAAGAGUACAGGGUCCCAGACGGCAUGGUGGGCCUGAUCAUUGGCAGAGGAGGUGAACAAAUUAACAAAAUCCAACAGGAUUCGGGCUGCAAAGUACAGAUUUCUCCAGACAGCGGUGGCCUACCCGAGCGCAGUGUGUCCUUGACAGGAGCCCCAGAAUCUGUCCAGAAAGCGAAGAUGAUGCUGGAUGACAUUGUGUCUCGGGGUCGUGGGGGUCCCCCAGGACAGUUCCACAACAACGCCAACGGGGGCCAGAAUGGCACCGUGCAGGAGAUCAUGAUCCCUGCAGGCAAGGCCGGCCUGGUCAUCGGCAAGGGCGGGGAGACCAUUAAGCAGCUACAGGAACGUGCUGGAGUGAAGAUGAUCUUAAUUCAGGAUGGAUCUCAGAAUACAAACGUGGACAAACCUCUCCGGAUCAUUGGGGAUCCAUACAAAGUGCAGCAAGCCUGUGAGAUGGUGAUGGACAUCCUCCGGGAACGUGACCAAGGCGGCUUUGGGGACCGGAAUGAGUAUGGAUCUCGGAUUGGCGGGGGCAUCGAUGUGCCAGUGCCCAGGCAUUCUGUUGGCGUGGUAAUUGGCCGGAGCGGAGAGAUGAUCAAGAAGAUCCAGAAUGACGCUGGUGUGCGGAUACAGUUCAAGCAAGACGAUGGGACAGGGCCCGAGAAGAUUGCUCAUAUAAUGGGGCCCCCAGACAGGUGUGAGCACGCGGCCCGGAUCAUCAACGACCUCCUCCAGAGCCUCAGAAGUGGUCCCCCAGGUCCUCCGGGGGGUCCAGGCAUGCCCCCGGGGGGCCGGGGCCGAGGAAGAGGCCAAGGCAACUGGGGCCCCCCUGGCGGGGAGAUGACCUUCUCCAUCCCCACUCACAAGUGUGGUCUGGUCAUCGGCCGAGGUGGCGAGAACGUGAAAGCCAUAAACCAGCAGACGGGAGCCUUCGUGGAGAUCUCCCGGCAGCUGCCACCCAACGGGGACCCCAACUUCAAGUUGUUUAUCAUCCGGGGUUCGCCCCAGCAGAUCGACCAUGCCAAGCAGCUUAUCGAGGAAAAGAUCGAGGGUCCCCUCUGCCCAGUUGGACCAGGCCCAGGGGGCCCAGGCCCUGCUGGCCCAAUGGGGCCCUUCAACCCUGGACCCUUCAACCAGGGGCCACCCGGGGCUCCCCCGCAUGCCGGGGGCCCCCCUCCUCACCAGUACCCACCCCAGGGCUGGGGCAAUACCUACCCCCAGUGGCAACCGCCUGCUCCUCAUGACCCAAGUAAGUGA